UUCGAUUAUUUUGCAGCUCUAUAAUCUAAACAACAAACACGUGAAAAUUAAUAUAGAAAGAUUGUAAAAUUAAUAAAAUAAAUAUGUUUCGAAUGCCACCACAAAUCGAUGCUGCUGAGGAGAAAAAACGAACCCAAGCAGAUGUGCGUAACAAUUUUGUUUUUUUUACAGUAUUAUGUGCUGCUAUCCGAAUUGCUCCUUUUGUCUUAGGUAAAAUAAGAGCAUAACGUUUCUUUCGAAGAAAUAUGGUUUUGGAACAUCAAGGACAUUUAUAUUUGUCGUUUAAGGAAUGAAAUCUGCUAAAUCGAGACGUUAUCAUAAUAAAUCUUAAUGUUAGAUCAAUAAAUAAUUUUGUCGAAAAGUUGUCAUGACUCGUUGCCUCUGCAUUUUUCAAAUAAAUUCCGUAACGACAUUCAAUGUAAAAUAUUUAAUCCUGCGAAACCUGAAAGAGAAAAUUGUGCAAAAAGAAUUAGAUGUUUAUCAGAUACGUUAAUUACACAUUAAGGACUUAUGUGUUUUGUUGUUGUAGUGGUUAUAUAGAAAUUAUGCUGUAAAACUAGUCUAACAGGGAGCCCAAGAAACGUGCUGUUAUUUUAGCGGCAGAACACAUUCCUGACGUAAUUUACAAUAAAAAGAAUUCAACAACUAUUGAAUUUCAA